AGCAACAGAUGAAACUCCGCUAGCUCUGAUAAAAGUCAUAGGGAGAAGAAAAAAACAAAACAAAAAAAACCAAAACCAUCUUCAGCGACUGCCAAGAGUUUCAGCUGCUGUUAAAGGCACAGGGAAAGGAAAAGCAAAAGAGAAGUACACGAGCAGUUGGAAGCCAGCUCUGGAUUGAAAGGCAAACCGCUUUGUGAAAUCCUGGAGUUUUUAAAGGGGCUUUUUUCUGAAUUUCUGCAUCUGCUGGUAAAAAUGGCCCGCAGGGGUAGGUGGAUCGGCAGAAAGAGAGCAGACACUGGGACAUAGAAGUGGCCCCGCUGCAGAAGCAGUUCCAGGGAGAUGCUGCCAUCUUCAUCACUCGAGAUGAAAGUUCUUCUGAGCUUAUUUUGCAUUUCUGCCCUUCUUUCUUCCGGUGCCCCCCAGGAGUGUGAAGUAUGUAUGGCCACGGGAUAUAGUUGUAAAAGUGAAAAAGAGAAGUGUGAAAUGGAAGAGGACAUCUGUUUCAUUGAACUGACAGAGACCUCCAAAGGAGGAAAAAACAUGUCGAUUAUAGGAAAGGGCUGCUAUUUCUCAGAAAACUGCACCUCUGCAUCUGUUUUGGUGACCUUUGGACAAGGAGAAUUCCUCCGGAAAAGCAUCCUGUGUUGCUCAGGAGAAGACUGCAGAGAAGAUUCUCUUCCAUGGCCACCAAUAAAUAUGACAGCCAAUGGGAAAUACUGCCCAGCCUGCUAUUCUGAAUCUGAGCCAUGUCCUGUGAAGACAGUCGAGUGUACUGGAUUUGAAAAUUACUGCCUGGAUUUGGCUGAGCAUAAAUAUCUAGGUAUAGAAAAGCUGAAAGGUUGCACAACGGAGUCCACCUGCAAUACUUUACACUCUGGAAAAACGAACUUGUUUGAUACAGAUACUGUCAAUUGCCGGCCAGCCAACCAGGUCUCUCAGCUGACAGGAUGUCUCCUCUUCACUCUCGUUGCACACCUGCUGAUGAAAGUCCUCUUCUGAAGAAGCAGCCAUUAAAAGGUUCCUUGUUUCUCCUUCUCAGCAAGAAGAACGUAGAACAUGGAAGUGGCAUUUCACCGAGACAGAUGUUUGAGUCUUCUCGCUCAGUUUGCUCAUUACUGACCAGCACAGGGUCUCCGAGGAAAUGCUGGGACUUGAAUUUGAACCCUCUUUUUAACCAAUGACGAACAGCUUGCUAAGUCAUGAAUAUGAAGAAACAAAAUUUCCCCUGGAAAAAUACCUGUACUUAAUAGACAUGUGUGUGCGAGGUAGAGUGGCCAUCCAGGGUGAUCUUCCUCAAUUGAGGAUUUUUCCUCAGAAGAUAGGGCUUCUGGAGACCUGCCAUCCUUGCGCAGAAGAAGCUGCUGCUUUUCACAAAUAAAAUUUGGCCGUACCAUUCUGAUACUAACAAGUUGGAGAGGUGCAUGGAAAGCAAUCUUUGAAGAUUUGCACAACUUAAUGUUUAAAACCUGGGAUCUGAUACCAGGUUAGUGUAUAGAUCAGGGAGUCUGCAACUUUAAACACUCAAAGAGCCAUUUGGGCCCCUUUCCCACAGAAAAGAAAACACCGGGAGCCAAUAAUUUAACAACCGGUGUGACUGGGUGGGCGUGGCCAAUUCGACAUCAUUCA